CGGUUGUGCCGGCUCCUGCGGUGAAAGUAGUUCAAAUCUACUCGGCUGCGAAUCGUCCACUCGCACGUACGUGCAGGGAAUACAAUUAUUACUAUCCAUGUACUAUAAUCAAUUACGACAGAAUAGUAGACACAAACAAAUUCCUAUAAGAAUAUCAUUUAAAAGAUAUUCAAAAAUAUGGAGACUGAUUUGUGCAACUCUUAUGAAAACUAUAAAUUUCACCAUCAGCUUACCAGUAGUUAUCCUGUUAUUCCUUGUCAUACCUAUCACCCUUGUGUUCAAAUGGAUAGUAUCUAUGGCUCAUCGAAUUGUUUGUCUAGGAGUUUUAGGAAAUGUUAUGACUAACAAUGAAAUCCGUUGGUUGGGUGAUUCUUGGCAACAUUCUACCGUGUUUGCCAUUUUUAUCUUAGACUCUGAAAUUGAAUUGCGAUAUUUACAACAGCUCAUCAUUAAUAAAGUACUGCCACAAUGUCCACGGUUAACUGAAAAACCAGUGGUGUUGACAAACUUAUUUGGAAACUCUUAUUGUUGGAUGUCCGAUCACAAUUCAUUUGAUAUUAAUCAACAUGUUUUUAAAUUAUGUGAUGACCCGAUGGAGAAACACGAGCUCCAAAAAUAUAUUGGACAAUUAGUUUCUGGAGGCUUAUCAAUAGAGAAACCCCCUUGGGAAUUACAUUUAUUAUCUCAAAAUGAUGAAUUAAUGCCUGGAAAACGAGAUGCAGUAGUUGUAUUCUUAGCUCACAGGUGUUUAGCAGAUUGGAUUUCAUUGGCUAAGUUGUUGUGUACUUGUUUGUCAGAUACAAAACCGUACUACCAUACUACAGAAAACCCGACCAAAAUGCGAUAUUGGACGAGUGUAGCGAGAACCGUGAUGACCGGUCCUGCAGAAUUGUUAUGGAAAAUGAUUACCCCGGCCAAGGAAAAUAAUUUGGUGACGCCAUUUCCUUUGUCUUUAAAUUAUAACAUAAGUUGGUCAUGUUUUCAAGGGGCUCUAUCAAAAGUAAACCGAAUUAAUGAAGUUACUAAAACUCCAAACAGUUACGUGGUCUUGUCUGCUGUUGCCGGCUCAUUGCACGUAAUGAUGAAGUUAAUUGGAUUACAACAAUUGAAUAACAUGAAUAUUGUGUAUCCGGUGCAAACUGGGAACACCGACCACUCGUCUCCUGUCCUUCUUCGUUUACCAAUAGAUAUCGAAGGCGCCAUUCCAAGAUUAUGGUGUACCAAAAGCGCAAUACAAAAUAUGUGUGAAUCGGAUCAAGUUUUAUUACCAGCUAUAGUUUCAUUAUUAAUGUCACUGCAUUCCUCGGGCACCAGAACCCUGUUAUCUGAACUAACAGACAAUUUGGCCUGUUUACAGUUUAGUUGGAUAUCUGGCCCAAGGUCGAGAAUUAUAAUUAAAGGAUCUCCAUUGAAAACAGUUUAUUCUGUACUGCCAUCUCAAAAAACUAUCGGUGUUUCAGUUUCAGUAUUUACGUACACUGAUGAUAUAUUUAUUAGUGUUACAGCAGAUAGUACGAUUGGCGAAGGAUUUGGUGAAACUUUAUUGCUCAACAUAAAACAGCAAAUUGACCAGAUGUAUGAAUUAUUACGAUACAGAAGAGUACCGAAAGAUUUAAAGAGUAGUAUUAUAGCAUCAGCUCAUUUUAAAGAUUUAUCGUCUGUAAAUAUCGAAGAGCUUAUAGGGAAAAUGAAAGGUAUUCAAUUACAACUCCAGAUGGCUACAGAACGUGGGGUUUAUAAUGAUGACGAAAUAAGACACAUCAAUCAACUAAAAGGCGAGUAUUCGAUUUUAUUUCGAGAAUUGCGUAAAAGGAGACAUAUAAAUAAAAGAAGCCGUGUUUUACAAAAAAUUAACUUACUGAGAUGUAAAAAUUCAUUGAAGUCAAAGUCAAGGCAUCAAAAUGAAGAAAUUAAACCACUUCAGUCUACAAGAAGACUACAAGAAGCGACCAAUAUAAUUAUAGCACAGCCUGCUCAAGAUUACCGUCCUAACCUUCAUAUUUGUAAGAGUGCCGUCUAUGCUAAAGAAAAUUUUUUGGGAUUGCCAAAAUUACCUACUAGAGAACAGCUACUUACUCAUAUCUAAUUGCUAAUUUUUUAAUAAACCAAAAAAAAUUACCGUGAUUUUUUUUUAGUUUGAGCGGUAUUUUAUUAAAAUUUAUAGUUUUCUACUUAAAAAUGUCUUUGAACGUUAGAUCUAGAUAUAAUAAACUACCAUAUAUUCAAUAUAUUCUGAUGCUCACCAAUAAUUAAAAUAAUCCAUGAUACUACGAGACAAUUUUUUAAGUGAUUUCAAAAUAAUUUUUAAAUUAAUAUGUAGUGGUAUUUAUGUAUCUUAAUAUGAUUUAGAUACUAGGAUUGUUUUUAUUCUAAUUUGAUGCAAUUAAACUAAGCUAUCUUAGCGGAUGAUACAUAAUUUUAUCGUUAAAUUACAUUCUAUGACUUCCAUUAGUAAUUAUUGUAAUAGGGUACUAGGACCAAUUAAAACGCGAAUGCUCAGAUCUUGAAUUAUUGUUAUACUUAACACCAAUAGUUAAAUUUUAUUAACAACUUUUACUAUUAAUCUAUUUAAGUUUUUGAUUAAACUUAGAGUUACUACAAAAGAUAUUUCAGUAUGAUUUGACAUUUGAAAUAAUUUUUGUUCUACUCAAUAUUUUUAUU